GGAGCGUCCGAGUUCAUCAAAGACCGGUUGUAUUUUGCAACCCUUAGAACCAAACCGAAAACUACAGCAAACACUCACUACUUCAGCACAGAUGAUGAAUUUCUCUAUGAGAACUUCUAUGCUGAUUUUGGACCCCUGAAUCUGGGCAUGCUGUACAGGUACUGCUGUAAACUGAACAAGAAGCUCAAGUCCUUCACUCAUUCCAGAAAGAGGGUGAUUCACUACACCAGCUAUGACCAGAGGAAGAGGGCCAAUGCUGCAGUACUUAUUGGUGCCUAUUCUGUGAUCUAUUUGAAGAGAAGCCCAGAGGAGGCCUACAGGACCCUCAUCUCAGGAAACAAUACCGCAUAUCUGCCUUUCAGGGAUGCUGCUCUCGGAGACUGCACAUACAAUUUGACCAUCCUAGACUGUUUACAAGGAAUACGCAAGGCCCUGCAAUAUGGAUUCUUCAACUUUGAGAUAUUUGAUGUGGAAGAGUAUGAGCAUUACGAGCGGGUGGAGAAUGGAGACAUGAACUGGAUUAUUCCUGGGAAGAUUUUGGCCUUUAGUGGACCUCACCCAAGAAGCAAGAUAGAGAAUGGAUACCCUCUCCAUGCUCCAGAGGCCUACUUCCCGUAUUUCCAGGAGCAUCAUGUAACCGCCGUGGUGCGGCUCAACAGGAAGAUCUACGACGGACGGCGGUUCACUGACGGCGGCUUCGAGCACCACGACCUGUUCUUCGUGGAUGGAACCACGCCCAGUGACCUCAUCACACGACGCUUCCUCCACGUGUGUGAGAGCACCGAGGGCGCUGUGGCUGUCCACUGCAAGGCGGGUCUGGGUCGUACGGGGACUCUGAUAGGUUGUUACCUGAUGAAGCACUAUCGUUUCACAGCGGCUGACGCCAUCGCCUGGAUCAGGAUCUGCAGGCCUGGAUCCAUCAUCGGACCUCAGCAGGACUUUCUAGAAGAUAAGCAGCACAGUAUGUGGGUGCAGGGUGACAUGCACCGCACCAAACAGAAGCAGCAGCAGCGUCGCCAGCGGCCAAAGCUGGACCAGGAAGUGACUUGCCUCGUCUCCAGCAUGGACGACCUGUCAAUCAACACCAUUCUUUAUAAGUCCUUCAGCCUGGAUGAGAAUAACUACAGGGAGUGUCUGACCCAAGGAGAUAAACUCAGGGAUUUGAAAGGCCGUCGCUCAUCCAGGUCUGCCACCACUUCACGGUUGAAUUUGACAAAGACCAGUCAGACCUCUAUCACCCCUCCCAAGUGUUCCAAGUUAUCGCAGGUCCCUGUCCCCUUCUCCUCCUCCUCUUCUCCCAAGAGGCUGGUGCAAAGCUCCUCAUCAUCAGCUAGUAACCUUAAGAGUCCCUUUAGCCUGAGUAUGUUCAGCUCUAAGGCUACUGCCAUUCACUGA